AUGGCCAGUGAGCUGCAUCUUGAGUCGCACAACAAUCAGUCUGUUUUCUGCACACCUCACUCUGGCCCACAUCGUCGGUCUUCGCGGUUAUCUCAGAGCUCGGCUCUGUCAAAUGGUCCACUUUCCCCUAAUUUCCUUGCCUCACCAAAGGAUCGGACUAACCGACUUUUGCAGCUUUGUCUGUCUAACCUUUGUGACCAGGAGUUGAUUGCGUUGGGAAAGUUCCCGUGUGAGGAACAGGGUUGCUCGGCGUGCUGCCCCUCUUCGCAUGAUAGAAGUUCAUCCCAAGUGCACUCGAAGCUGUUUAGUAGUUGUACACGACUUCGACCAACGCCAUUGGGAAGAGCUAUUUUGGCCUCUUCCUUGGGUCCGACGCAUGGCCUCGUCGUUCUUCAAGAAUUGGAUAAAGCUCGCCGGUCAAUUGCGUUAGAUACGGAUCUUCAUUUGGUCUACUUGCUCACCCCCAUCUAUCUAGAUCUCGGAGCUAAUUUGGAUUGGUUUCGUUAUUUGGAACAAUACCAAAGGCUUUCAGCUUCGGAUCGUCGCGUUGCUGAUCUUGUUGGCAUUGAGGAACGGUUUAUUACAAGGUGUGCUGCUGGCGCAUCUUUAACUGACGGAAGACAUAAUAGAUCGGCUGCCAAUGCUGAACGUCUUGCCCUACAUCGGCGAUUCUACACCGCCUUGACUCUGUACCGCUUGGUUUGUGAGGACGGCUUAAGCAAGGUCGCGGAGGACUUUGGAGUCAAUCGUGGUCUUCUACAAAGCUUACAACAACAAGCCUCCACAUACGCCGGCAUGGUGACUAUUUUCUGCAAUCGCUUGGGCUGGGUUCAUCUGGAGCGUUUACUGGCCAGCUUCCAGUCCCGUCUGUUCUAUGGCAUCGCUGAGGAACUCGUUGAUUUGAUUCGGCUCUCACCUUUGAUCAAUGUGCAACGCGCUCGUGCCCUUCGUUCUGGUGGAAUCAACUCCAUUUCCUCGUUGGCAAAUUCACGCGUUUCUGACGUAACCCGUUUAUUGCAAACUGCCGUGCAAUUCCAAAGAAGUGAAUCUUCCGCUGAAGCAACCUUUCGUCAUCGCACGAUACAGUUGGACGAUGGGUCUUAUGUGAACGAAGAGGAAGCUGCCGAGUUGGCAGUUCAGAAAGCCCAAGAAUUACUGCGGGAGGAUUUAGCUGCUGUAUACGGCGCUAAUAUUGUGCUACCGUUCAAUAAAGUCCAGAAGUCUAACUCGCAAGUUGAGGAGUUAUGUGGUUCUACACCUGUAAAGCAUAGCAAUCGUGCUUCACCGAACGACAGCAGUAGCUCGUCGGGAAGAUCCCAGAAUGCCUUUCAGUCGAAAUCGCUAUCCCCUCCGCCUACAAACAAUUUACCCAACACUCCUUUGAAGCGCGCUCUUUCGGAUGUAAUUACCACUCCGCUUUCCACCAAACGUAUUAAACUGUCUUCGUCUCCAAAUGAUUGCCCCUUGAUCACUAUAGCUCCAUCUUCAGUUUCGUUUACUGACAGCGAACGCUUUGCUGAUUUGCACCAUGAUGAAGGUACCAGUUUGUCUAAUGCUUACACCGCGGAGUCCCUGUACCUCCACACAGUAGAACCACGGUCUUCUUUGAAAUCCAUUUCAUUUUCUUCUCAAUCACAGGAGACAUUUGUAUUAACAACUCAACUUACAGCAAUUAUCGAUAACGCCUGUGUACCCGCACACACCGAUUCUUCAAAUCAUUCGGUCUGUGAGCCCAUCCUCCAGUCUACUGGAGAUUGUGUCUACUCGACAUUGGAGCCCUCCUUUCCUUUUGAAUAUGGGAUGAACGAUACCCUCACUUGUUCCAUGCUGGACACCGCGAUUGCACCUGCAGCAUUCAUCACACCGACAACCAGUAUGACACAAGCUGUGGUUAGUGGAGUCACCUCAAUGCAGAACGCCAGACGUCAGAGCUUGGGCGAUCUGUUCGAUACUUCUCCUAUGCAUACAAGUGUUCCAAUCGCCUCACAUACGGAGCACAUAUCUAUUACAGGUGUGAUUCCGGAAAGCCAACUAUCUCCUCCAACUCUCUGCCAUUCGGAAGCUUGUUCUGAUUUGCCUUUGACUGUUGAUGGGCUCAUAUUCUCUAUUGUGGAUGUCGCAAAAACUACGGAUAUUUGGAGCACUUUUAUUUCCGAUCUCACAAACUGGGUUAAGCGAUUUAAUCGGUGUACCGAUAAUCUCAGCUCCAUUGCCAUCCAACCGUGUUGGACAGUCGCUGAGGUCACGAAGCCACCUCCUUCCUCGAUCACCUGGUUUUCUGGCCCAGCUGGAUACGGUGCUGUUGGUGGUGGUGUGGAGACCAGAUCCGAUAAACAUCCGAUCAUACUCUGCUUGGCCGGUUUGGCCAUCUGCUCUUCCCUGUUAUCUCCCGACACAGUGUUCUGGGUGGAUUUGGCCGCCGAAAAAGGCCUGGCCUCAGAAUAUCCUUCUUUAUCAAAGCGUUUGGAAGAGAUAUCUGCUGUGCUCGAACUGAUUACGCGCACACCCUUGGCUUUAGUCGUUUGGGAUGCAAAGUGGUGGUCGCGCUUGAUGUACGAUGUGUUCGGUGUGAAGUCUCGCGUAUCCCUCUUCGAUCCAGGCACAUGCGGAUGGAUUCGGGAUCCAGAUCGUGGCAGGGCACCCUUGGCCAGUGAGGUGCUCCGAUUGAGUCCAAAAUUGAGCCGUCUGAUCGACCAAUUGAAGAGAUCGAAUCUAUCUCCUGAGCCUCCAACGCAGUUCUCCGAUUGGUCGCAAUUGCUCCCAUGCAGUCCACUCGCUUCGAGCGAUUGGUGCCCACCCGUUCGAAACGCACUCUAUCAUCGACUCUCUCUGCUACCGGAACAUGUGAACCAAGCUUCUGCUCAAUGUUUCCUACUAUCUCAAUGGACCGAUCCGGACCUUUUCUGUCUAAAUGAAGUGCCGAGGGUGCUUCUUGAAUUGGAAAUUCCCUGUCACUGUGUGCUAUCCCGCCUCGAAUCCUCUGGCUUUAGUGAGUGGACCCUGGACAAUUCACGCUUUACACUAAUCCGCAUCCGGACGCCAUUGCUGUGCUCUGGCAUCUCCGGGUUCCUGUUGUUCGUCACAAUCGUUCUGAUAUGCGAGAUUAUUCGACCCAGACAAGCGUUUUGCAGCAUUCCUGGUGGUAUGCUCAUUUCAGCAGAUUUUUGCCAACUUGAAUUGCGUCUUCUGGCACACUUCAGUCGCGACGCUAAUAUUUUGAGCCUUCUAUCCGUACCGCCUGCAUCGGAUGGUGUCGAUACUUCGUCCGUGAUGCCUCCACCUCCCAAUCACGAUGCAUUCCGCAAGCUGGCUGCUCAUUGGCUCAAGUUGCCAUCACCCGACUCGGUAACCUCUAUUCAACGCCAACAAGCGAAACAAUUGUGCUACGCCCUUGUUUACGGUAUGAGUGCACGUGGUCUAGCCGCACAGCUAGAUAUUCCUGAGGCUAAAGCGCAACGAUUGAUAGAUAGUUUUCUGCGUUCUUUCCCCGGUUUGCAAUGCUUUAUCGCCGAAACCAUUCAAUCCGCACGUCGUCUAGGUCACGUUACCACGCUUAAGGGCCGGGUACGUCUGCUACCUGCUCUAGUCGACACAGCUACACCUUCAGUGGACGCUUCCGGUACUCCGUUCAAAACGCCUUUGAUUCAAGGCCGCUCCGCUCAGAUGCGCCAGCACUGUUCCGCAGCCAAAGCCGAACGCCAAGCAGUGAACACAGUGAUUCAAGGUAGUGCCGCGGAAAUAUCUAAAAUGGCUAUGCUCGCGGUGGAUACUCUGCUGUCGACCUCGGGCCGUUCUGAUCUCUGUCGGUUGGUUCUGCAUGAACACGAUGAGUUGAUUUACCAGAUCAGCCAUGCCGCCGCUGGACCCGAAUUGGGUUCCCUUAUUCGACAUACAAUGGCCAAAAUGAGCAAAAGCUGCGGUCUGUCCGUUUCGCUUCCCGUGAAAUUACGCGCUGGCCCGAACUGGUGCGAUUUGGAGGAAGUGUUCUGGCAUUAG